AUGUCGAGGAGGAGCCAUGCUAGUUCUAUGUACGGUGCCAAGCACGAGAGACGCAUUUCUCGUUUUCGUGUCUCAGAUGAGGAGCUCAUGAAUUUCGUGCUGCGGGUAGCUCUGCUAAGCUAUCAGCUGCAGCCAAAGGUGGUGGAACCUCACUCGGCGACCGACGGAGAAAGUCGAGAGAAGGAUUACUCUUCGCGACUGUCGGGCGCGUUGACAAGCUCAAUAUUCUCCAUCGGGGACCUCUUCAAAGACAGUGGGGCGAAGGGUGUCAGGUUCCCCAAAGACCUCUUGAAGGUCUUGGAGCAGAAGUUGCAGGACAUUGCCAUGGGAAAGGAUCCCGCUUAUCAUGACCAGCUCAUACGGAGAACCAUGGCUGUGUUCUACGGUCAGGUAAAAGAUGACAACUUCAGGCGACAAAUGAAGGAGAACCGCAAGAUCGAGGAGCUGAUUCUCAUGUUUGCCACGAACGCGACAAACGUCUUAAAGAAGGAAGCCACCCUGGCCGGUGAUGGCUGGAAGGUCGAGGUCAACAACCACAUCGCGCAGUUCAUCCGCUUGCUUGGUGACUGUCUCCGUCACGUCAGCCAUGUCUCACCAGAAUUGACUGCGCGGCUCGACAUGUACACUGCCAAAUUGGCCCCGUCCCAGGCUCCCAGCGAUUCCGGCUAUGAUUCCGCAUCUACUUCACGAGAUCGCGACUCCGUUGUAUCCUCCAAGCGCGUCAGCACCAGCGUGAGAGACAUGCCGCUGGUGAUGACUGCGGCGCGACUGUUUAAACUACCAGAUCAAGCAGUUCAGAAGGAGAUUGACGAUUUAGGCAAGUAUUGCUCAGAGAAGGCUGCAUUGAUAGACCUCAAAACGUGUCUGAAAAACAUUAAUGCUGGUGCGCCAUUCCCAGGUCGUCGUGAAGACUUUGAGAGCGAAGCAGCUUGGCAAUAUUGGCGGACACUGGAGACGUCCCAUCUAUCGCAACUGAUGCUUAUUAUGGUGCAGUUCAAUCCCGACCUGGCUAAGUCUGGCCCCUCGGAAGUACUCCCGGACGUUCCAAGUUCAAAUGGUGGUAGGCCAGGCUCGGUGUACUCCACGCGAAGGCCAGAAUCGUACCACUCCCCAGCUUCGCGACACGCGUCAGUCAGCAGUCGGCAUUCCUUGAUGCCUUCAAACAACCUCACGUCCAAUGACAUCGACGCCGUAUCGGAAGAUCUAGAAGGUGAUGACGAUGUUCCUGUCGGCCAUCACUUCACCUUUAUCCCCCCAAAUCCUAGGAAAUACUACAAGAGAUUACUGGAGCACUGCUUAGCCGCCGACUUGGAGGCUAUGUUGAGUCCAACGGUGGGCGAUGACGACGAGGUCUCGUUAGGCAUCCUGUCACCAGCUCACAUGGAACUCAUCAACGAGUGUGCGUUGCGUUGGCGGAUAGGGCAACCAUACCGCGUGACCUGCUUCUUGGACCUAGUCAAGCAGUUCUAUGAACGCAACGAAGUCCCGUUCGAGUGUAUACCGGAGGCGAUGUCAAACAUUGCAAAGCUACUGCAUGAAAUCGAACUGGAGAAAUGGCCGAUACAGGACUGCGAUUACCUUGCCCAGAUAUACGGUGGCUUGUUCAGCACUUUCUUGUCUUCCCUCUACCAUGCAAUGGAAGCACUACCGAACCUGAAACCUGCAGAUGUGAUGCCCUUCAUAUCCGUAUUGGAGACGGUACGCGACAGCGGGCUCUUGGAUCGCUAUGACGUGGAUAUUGCUGCGCGAAUAGCUGACGUCCAGGAUCAAAUACGAUCUGUUGCAGCCCGGUACUACGACGAGAAGAGUCACGAACUACAUGCGGCACCAGGAGUUAACAGAGCACUUCCUCACCUGCUGCUAACAGACGAGAUUGAAAAGGGCGCGAAGCUUCUUGACAAACGGUUCCCGGAACCCAUCCUCAGGCAACUAGAUAUUGUAUCACUAGUUGUUGAUGUCCAGGUUUCUCACUUCCUGUUGGACCUUGACGACUCACGGAAACGCCUUUUCGAAGGCUCAAUGAAUGGCCCGACACCGGACAUCCCUAUAGAAGACAUAUUUGCUCUCUAUCGUCGCACAAAGACUUUGCUAGGGAUGUACAAAGCGUUUUGUUCACAGGGCGAGGUUCACUUCGAUCUUGGCGGAUUCUUUGAGCCUUACGUGCGCCAAUGGCUAGUCAGCACUGACAACAAGACCACUCAAUGGGUGCAUGCUGCAAUUGCUGCAGACAAGUUUCAAGCAGAGAGUGAAGAGGGGCACAGUUCCUCCAUCAUUGACCUGUUUGAUUCACUGCGCAGUCCUAUCAAUUUCUUAGAAGACCUGGGGUGGUAUGACGAGUACCAGGAAGCCAGGUUUUUCACAAGCUUGUCCAAGACCAUUAGCAAAGCAGUGGAGCAGUACUGCCGGACCGUUGAGGAACUCUUCAUGACAGAAAUGUUCCCGAGACCGUCGGAAUAUCUGCAGCCGCAGAAAUCUUCUGCAUGGCUUGAGAAAGCGAAACAGCUGACCAACCAGAGCGAGAAGAAAGUGGAGCCGUUCACGUUCCAGCCCGAGUCCUGUGUGAAGCUCAACAAUAUCGAGGCCGCCCGGCGACUGUUGGAUAAUAUGUACGCGCAGAUGCAGGCGGAUAAGAAGACGGAGAUCCUGCAGAAUGCUCCGCCCGUGCCCGACAAAGGCAAUCACCCAGACCGCUUCCUGUUUACUGUCAAGAUUGCCAUCGCGGAGGGGCUGGUUGCCCUGGAUAGCAACCCAUCAUCGAAGUUGGACACGUUCGUAACCCUCAGCGAUGAACAGGGAAAUCGGCUGGCGAAGACGCGUACUAUCUACGAGACCCUCAGCCCUCGCUGGGACGAGACAUUUGACAUGUCGGUUGAGAAGCCACUGUGGCUGAUGGUCAGUGUACGAGACCGCGCACUUGUAGGAAAGCAUGAUACCGUGGGACGAGCGUACAUCUGUCUUGAUCCACGGCGGUAUGGUGACUUCCUUACGCACGAUCAGUGGAUGGACCUGGACUCUCAGGGUCGCAUAUUACUGCGCAUCAGCAUGGAAGGAGAGAAGGAUGAGCUGCAAUUCUACUUCGGACGCGCCUUCCGCUCACUCAAGCGUGCGGAGAGCGAUAUGGUGCGGGUCUUCAUCGACAAAAUCUCGCCUUUCGUUCGGCAGUCCCUGUCACGUACGGUGCUGAAGGCGCUGAUUAAGUCGUCUGGUGGUAGUAUCGACUAUAAUAAAGCGCUCGGGAACGUGACGGCGCUGUUCGGGCAGCUGGGGUCGAACAGCUCUGAGGUACAGAUCCCGCUGCCGCAAUCUGAGAGGCCGCGCAUUAAGCCCGAGGCGAUGUCAGACAUCGAGAUCGAGCAAGCCAUCGUGCCGCUGUUCGAUUACCUGGAUGCGAACUUGCCGACGCUGAACACCUAUCUGAGUGAGUCGACGAAGGAGAUGGUCAUGACGCGCCUGUGGAAGGAGAUCCUGAACGUCAUCGAGGGCCUGCUCAUCCCGCCGCUGUCUGACAUCUCGAGUGACAUGAAGCCGCUGAGCGACAAGGAGGUCGACAUUGUUUUCAAGUGGCUCAAGUUCUUGCGUGACUACUUUUACGCGGGAGGGGAGGGCCCUGUGCCGAUCGAGACACUGCAGAACCAGAAGUACCGCGACGUACUGUCGAUCCGGCUGUACUACGACUGGCAUACUGACGCGCUAAUGGAGGAGUGCGUGCGGAUGAUGCAGCAAAGCUUGCGCGCUUCGCCAUCGGUGAAGAGGCGUGCAAAGAGCGUGUACACGCAGCGCAACCUCGGCACGAUCAAGAACCGCAAGAAGGAGAAGCAGCAGGCGAAGGAAAUUCCGAACGGCGAGACCAUCCUGCGCAUCCUCCGUAUGCGGCCCGGGACGUCCGACUUCAUCGCUCAGCAGCUGCACGCGAUGACGAGCAUGCAAGCGGAGCGGGAGGCGGAAGCACUGGAAGCGCAGAAGCGCAAGCUCCAGCGGCCACGCCAACAGCAGCAACAGCAGCAGCAGCUACCCGUGCCGCCGCUGCCACCGCUACCCGAGAAGACAGCGACGCCUGCACCAUAA